GAGGCUGUAAGCUGAGGAGUAAGUCUCUCUAUUUAAGCAACUAACUUUCUACCCAUCAUGACUUGAAUAGUAUCUGCUUCAUCAAGCUAUGGUCCGGAUGUCAACAAAGCUCACCAACAAGCAUCGUCUGUGUGAAGAUACGCUCAAGUGCUCCUCACUGCCGAACGGUAUUUAAUUCAGGUCUCCCGUUGACUCCCCACACUCUUGUCAUUUUUAUUGUAAACCCUCGAAAACCAGAGACAUUCUCAUUCUUCCCGUCAACCGCAUGAUGACAUUCAAUUCUACAACACGGACUUGCGGCUAGACGCUUCAAGCUUAAAAGCGAUGAAAGCUUCACCGCUCCUCGUUGUUAAACCAUUAGACUUGAGGAGUCCAUACAACUCUUUUUAUCAAGCUACUUCCCACCUCUCUUCUAUAAAUUCUUUCGGUGGGUCAGGCUCUGCCAUAAGCACAGCCUUUCGAAAACCCCCGACGUUUUACUUCUCCUCCGCCUGUUCCCGCCAUUUUGGUGGUGACGACCAAAGCAUGGUCAAGGGCUCCGAGGACAAGCUAAAAUCAUACUUCGCGCAAUCAACUGGCCGGCAGCGCCGACGAGACGGUUCAUCGCCGUCGGAGUCGCAGGCCAGGUCCACUGUCAAUAAUCAGAGGUCACCCCUUACGUCUCACAACUCAGACAGAAGCGGUACGAACGUGGACUCCAGCAAAACAGCAAUCUACUCAUCUCAACGAAGCCCAACAAGCUCACUCAAAUCGCACAGUCCGUUAGAAGCUCUUGCAAAAGCAGCAUCGCAAUCAAGAAGUUGUUAUGAUGAGUUUGACACUCUCAGCGGUCAUGGAUCUGACUGCUCGACUAGCAGUCGGUCCACGCGCCUUUCUAUUGCGAGUUCCACCACUUCAGUAGCCUCCACGUAUCCUGAAAGGAUGUGGAGGCAGAAAAAGAAGGAGCUUGUUGACAAGCUCAUGGUGCAUUUUUUCGAAUACUUUAGGCCUUGGAUUGAGGAGAAUUUUGGUAUCGAAUCCUGUAGUAAUGGUGAGCAUGAAGGUGGAAGUCGAUCACAAAACUCACAAUCGACCGGACAAGAUGGGAAGCCUGCCAACAGUACGCCAACAACCAGUCGUAAGAGACAGCAAAGACAUUCUCACGAUGACGACAGUGAGAUGAAUCCAAGCGAUGGCGAAGACAACAAAGGGAACGGUGGAAGACGUAACAACAAAAGGGCCAAGAAAGACAGUGGUGACACCCAGCAGCGAAAAUACGCAUGUCCCUACUACAAAAACGACCCACAAGCCUUCAAGAACCACAGGGCUUGUCGAAUCCCGGGAUUUUCCUCUACGGCCAGACUCAAGGAACAUCUCUACAGGAAACAUGCAAAACCGGAGUAUCAGUGCAACAGAUGUCUCGAAGACUUGGGGUCAUAUCAAGAGCUUGAGAAUCAUCAAAGAUCGGACGACCCCUGUGUGAAGAAAACGUCAAAGAAGGACACGCGUCUAUCGAGAGCACAAGUUCAAGAUCUCAAAACCAAGAAAUUGGAUCUAACAGAGCAGGAAAGAUGGGAGGACAUCUAUCGCAAAAUCUUUCCGGGAGAGCCUUUGCCUAAAAGCCCUUACUACGAUGGCGAGCUUACUGAACUCGAAAAUUUAGGGGAAUUUUUGGACAAGGAAUUCCCUCCUCUUUACCGCGAGGUCCUAGAGAAUGAGGUUGACCUGAUGAUGGGAGGCAUGGAAGCUGAACUCAAAGACAGACUCGUCGACAAGGUACCAUCGCUCUUCAGGAAACUCCUCCAAGAGUAUUGUCAUCAGAAUUCUCUCAACAAUCAGCAACAUCGAGAUGGGGACAACAAGGCAUCAAUACCAAGACCGUGCCGUGAUAGCAACACCAACACCCAUACCAUCACAGAGAACUAUGGUAUGGUCAGAGACCAUAGCCCGCAGCUCACUUCAACGACAGCAGUGCCCGUGGGGAAUCAGCCUUCGAACGUUGACUUCGCAUCUCAGCAGUUUAUGGAUGAGCUUGGCGGCAACCUCUUCUAUGACUUGAUAGACAACUUUGAUGAAGGGCUUGAAAACAAUGCAUUUGAUUAUGCUACAUAUGGUACUAGCAACGGCGAAGGUGCUGCCUUCUAACACCGCGGUUGGUCUGGCAGGGUUUCAUUUCUUCAGCAUGGGAGAUAUAUGCAGAGUGUUUACCUCAGAUAGUCAUUCUUGGUUUUUCAUCCCUAUAUUGAAGGUUCUGUCCGUCGCUCGCUCUGAAUAAAUGAUUCAAGUUCUC